GGGCAGGCUCAGUCUUUCGCCUCAGACGCUAGCGGCUGCUGGCGGUCGGUCGUACGUGCUCCGGAGUCUUCCCGUCGCCGUCGCCGGGUUCGCACGGGCUCCCCUGGGCUCCCCUGAGCUGCUCCCUCCGCCGCACGCGCCGUCGUCACCACCCCGCCAUCAUGGUGAAGCUCGCCAAGGCCGGCAAAACCCACGGUGAAUCCAAGAAAAUGGCUCCUCCCCCAAAGGAGGUGGAAGAAGACAGUGAAGACGAAGAAAUGUCAGAAGAUGAAGAAGAUGACAGCAGUGGAGAAGAGGUUGUAAUCCCUCAGAAAAAAGGCAAGAAGGCUACCACAACUCCAGCAAAGAAGGUAGUUGUUUCACAAACAAAAAAGGUUGCAGUUCCCACACCAGCUAAGAAAGCUGCUGCUACCCCUGGCAAAAAGGCAGCAGCCACACCAGCCAAGAAGGCAGUUACACCAGCUAAAGCAGUUGCUACACCUGGUAAGAAGGGAGCCACACAAGCAAAAGCAUUGGUAGCAACCCCUGGUAAGAAGGGAGCUAUCACUCCAGCCAAGGGUGCUAAGAAUGGUAAGAAUGCCAAGAAGGAAGACAGUGAUGAGGAUGAAGAUGACGAUGAUGAGGAUGACAGCGAUGAAGAAGAGGAUGAGGAAGAGGAUGAAUUUGAGCCACCAGUAGUGAAAGGAGUGAAACCAUCUAAAGUAGCUGCUGCUGCUCCGGCCUCAGAGGAUGAGGAUGAAGAUGAGGAUGAGGAAGAUGACGAUGAAGAGGAAGAUGAAGAUGACUCUGAGGAAGAAGCUAUGGAGAUCACACCUGCUAAAGGAAAGAAAGCUCCUGCAAAAGUUGUUCCUGUGAAAGCCAAGAAUGUGGCUGAAGAGGACGACGAUGACGAAGAGGAUGAAGAUGAUGAGGAUGACGACGAUGAUGAAGAGGAGGAGGAGGAAGAUGAGGAAGAGGAAGAAGAGGAAGAGCCUGUUAAAGCAGCACCUGGAAAACGGAAGAAGGAAAUGACCAAACAGAAAGAAGUUCCUGAAGCCAAGAAACAGAAAGUGGAAGGCUCAGAAUCAACUACACCUUUCAAUCUAUUCAUUGGAAACCUUAAUCCAAACAAGUCUGUUGCUGAAUUAAAAGUUGCCAUUAGUGAACUUUUUGCUAAAAAUGAUCUUGCUGUUGUGGAUGUCAGAACUGGUACAAAUAGGAAAUUUGGUUAUGUGGACUUUGAGUCUGCUGAAGACCUAGAAAAGGCCUUGGAGCUCACUGGUUUAAAAGUGUUUGGCAAUGAAAUUAAACUUGAAAAACCAAAAGGAAGAGAUAGUAAGAAAGUUCGAGCUGCAAGAACACUUUUAGCAAAGAACCUUUCUUUCAACAUCACUGAGGAUGAAUUAAAAGAAGUGUUUGAAGAUGCCCUGGAGAUCAGAUUGGUUAGCCAGGAUGGAAAGAGUAAAGGGAUUGCUUAUAUUGAAUUUAAAUCUGAAGCUGAUGCAGAGAAAAACUUUGAAGAAAAGCAGGGGGCAGAAAUUGAUGGGCGAUCUGUUUCACUCUACUACACUGGGGAGAAGGGACAGAGGCAAGAAAGAGCUGGAAAGAAUAGCACUUGGAGUGGUGAAUCAAAAACUUUGGUUUUAAGUAACCUUUCCUACAGUGCAACAGAAGAAACUCUUCAGGAAGUAUUUGAGAAAGCAACUUUUAUCAAAGUGCCCCAGAACCCACAUGGCAAAUCUAAAGGGUAUGCAUUUAUAGAAUUUGCUUCAUUUGAAGAUGCUAAAGAAGCUUUAAACUCCUGUAAUAAAAUGGAAAUUGAGGGCAGAACAAUCAGACUGGAGUUACAAGGACCCAGGGGAUCACCUAAUGCAAGAAGUCAGCCAUCCAAAACUCUGUUUGUCAAAGGUCUGUCUGAGGAUACCACUGAAGAGACAUUAAAAGAAUCAUUUGAGGGCUCUGUUCGUGCAAGAAUAGUCACUGAUCGGGAAACUGGUUCCUCUAAAGGGUUUGGCUUUGUAGACUUCAAUAGUGAGGAAGAUGCCAAAGCUGCCAAGGAGGCCAUGGAAGAUGGAGAAAUUGACGGGAACAAAGUUACCUUGGACUGGGCCAAACCUAAGGGUGAAGGUGGCUUUGGUGGCCGAGGUGGAGGUAGAGGAGGUUUCGGAGGCCGAGGUGGUGGCAGAGGAGGAAGAGGCGGAUUUGGUGGCAGAGGCCGGGGAGGCUUUGGAGGUCGAGGAGGCUUCCGAGGUGGCAGAGGAGGAGGAGGAGGAGGGGGAGACUUCAAGCCACAAGGAAAGAAGACGAAGUUUGAAUAGUUCCUUCCAUCCCAAUCUUUCCCGAUUCAUUUUAAAGAAAGGACUCUGGGGUUUUACACUGUUACCUGUUAAAUGACAGAGCCUUUUAAAGGACAUUUCAAAAGAUUUCUUUUCCUACAAUUUUUUUUUUGUUUUUUUGCGUUGGGGGUUGUAAAAGAAUGUUUAUCAUGUUUUUUGCUUCAGUGACUUUAGGACAAAUUAAAAGUCCUAAACUCUGGU